AUGAAGGGUAGCACGCGACAGCGGUUGAAAAACACCGCCCGCAUUCUGCUCUCGCCGACAUUAUGGUUUGAUGUAUACUGGCCAGCCUCGCGCCAGUACUGGUUCUCUCUUCUCUUCAUCGGUGUCAUCAGCGCCAAGCUACUACGCAUUUACUCUCACCUCAACUCUCUCUCCCCAAGCAAGUUCGUCAUUUGGGGGCCCACCUUUUUCUACCAAGAUGUCGCCUGUAUCCUCAUCGCGCGAGCUCUGUGCCACAAUUUCCGCAGAAGGUGGCUCCGCAUUAUUUCUGCACCGGUGGUGGUCUUCGCCAGACCGUUCCAUGACUUCACACUGAUUUCGCGACGAUUCCAUAGUCUCUCCAUUUCCGGAUUGGCCGCGGCCAAUAUCUCCUUCUACACACAAACAGGAGCUGAGAUUCACUGGCGACAAGCGCACUCGUUCCAUGGAGAUGCCGCCUCCGUCAAGACCCUGUUGGCUGGACUGACGGGCAUCAUCGUGAUGGAAGUGAUUUUUGGCGCCGCGACAUGGAUCUCGAGUUCUUAUCUUUACAAUGGGGUUGGAACGGUGGCCUACAUUCUGUGCGAGGCAUUGCGCCUGCUCCUCCCAUGCUGGAAGCCACAGUCGGCCUCCAAAAGUCCCGGUAAUUAUGCGCAAGUGGCCCACAGAGACUGGGAUGAGGAGGAUAACGACUCCGAGGCCAUGUUCAACCUUGACGACCCCGCUGCCCCACGGAAGCCGACGCCGAGGAAACCUGUGCCUUUGCUUUUGCGCGUUUUCACAGCCUCGGCCGCCAUCCUUGUACUCUUCUUGGGACUACUCCGCCCGUCCGAUCCCGCAUACUCCUUCCUUUCGCAGACGGUCUUUCUCACGCCCCUCGAAAAGCCGCCGCAGCGUGAUUCGACCUUCUCCGUGGAAAUUCCGUCCGACUUGCCCGGUGACUUUAGCUGGCUAUACAACCACACUGCUCUCGCUUCCCCUCACCACCUCGACUGGCUGCCACCGAAGGCACUGGCCGGUUUCCGGGACUGGUACGAGAAUGGCAAAGAAGGAGCGGCGCUACACUAUGAUCCAACACACGACCCGUUGAAGAUUUCCAACCUGGAUCGUGAUCUCGUGAAGCCAUGGCGCACGGCGCUUCAGAGUGGUGAUGUGAAGAUCAAGCACGUGUUCUUGCUCAAGCUGGAAAGCACCCGAGUGGAUGUCUUUCCCGUCCGCAGAGAAUCGUGGGUCGGCGAUAUCAUCCGCGACUCAUACGGUGGUACGAUUCCAGAUGUGGUCGAUCAGCGACUGGCCAAUCUUUCCCGCAACGCCGAGCGACUCACGGGCGUCUCAGCCGACUGGUCGCAUAGCGAUCACUCAUGGGAGCCGCGCGGCGGAAUGUACGCCACUAACGCCUACACCGGAGACACGUUUACGCUGAAGAGCAUUCUGGCCUCGGUGUGUGGAAUUGCGCCUUUGGUCGUUGAUUUCAACAAAGAGUAUCUGCACCACAUCUAUGAGCCAUGCAUGCCGCACAUAUUCGACGCCCUGAAUGCCCUGUCCGGGACGAAUGAGAGCAGCCACGUCAAAGGUGACGAUUUUAAAACAUGGCCCUGGCAUUCCGUUUUUAUGCAAAGUAUCACCGAUACUUAUGACAAUCAAGAUCUUCUACUGCCUGUUUUGGGUUUCAAGGACAAAGUCACAGACACCAGAAUUGAGAAAGACUCGCGCGAGAGAAAGGACGGCCACAAACCGAAAAAGUUCAACUUUUGGGGCUAUCCGGAGCACGAGCUCCGACCAUACUUUAUCGACGCUUUGAAACACGCCGAAAAACACCACGAGCGCCUGUUCCUAACUCAUCUGACGGGACAGACCCACUAUCCCUGGGACAUGCCUGUUGGGGACAAGAUCGAGGAGCUCAUGCACCACAACAUCUUCAAUGGUCGAAACCGGAUGAAUCGGUACUUGAAUACACUGGGCGUGGCCGAUCGGUGGAUCGGAGAGGUCUUUGAGAUUAUCGAGGAAGCCGGAGUAGCCGAUGAGACAUUGGUGGUGCUCGUCGGUGACCACGGCAUUUCUUUGAUCGAAGACGGCGGCGUCACUCCUUAUGACAACCCUCAUGUGUCCAGUUUUCACGUUCCGCUAGUGUUCUCACAUCCAAAACUUCCUCACAUCAAGAUCGACGGACGAGUCACGUCGAUGCAGAUUGUGCCGACGAUCAUGGACCUCCUAGUUGAGUCAGGAUCUCUCGACAAGGACGCCACACGCGCCAUCAAGGAUCUUCUCCCACUGUAUGAAGGUCAAUCCAUGAUUCGCGACCUUGUUCCGGAGAAGGACGGCAAGCUGGAUUGGCAAUUUACCGUCAUGAAUACCGGUGCGACUUGGUUGGCCGUGCGAUCCGCUCCCAAGCCAUACCGCCUCGUGGUUCCUCUGGUGUCGGAUGUUGAGUGGCGGUUCUCCGACGUGGACCAGGAUCCGCACGAGCUGCACAAGCUUCAGUCGUUCACACUGCCUCCUCUUCUGAAAGAGGUUGAAGACGCCCAUGGUGAAGAGGCCCUGAAAUGGGUGAUUGAAGCUGCGCAUGUCACACGAUGGUGGGUCAGUGAGAACUGGCGUCGUUACGAAUACCAGCCCGAAGCAUGA